AACGGCCAGAGAGAAAGAGAGAGGGAGAGAGAGCGAAUGUGUGAGCGCUGCGGCGGAGUUCCUAUAGGGCCUGCGAGGAAAGAACUAGGAGGACAACGAGAAACAAGAUUUCUUCUGAAUGUGUCCACACCGGAGCUGAUCGGUACAGUGGCCGUUUCCAUCCACAUUCUAUCUGCCUCCCGAUCUGCCGGAGUUAACCUGUAAAGAGAGACUCCAUGAAAAAUGUCAGAGGAGUCGAUUGUCAUUGCCAAGUGGGACUACACGGCGCAGCAGGACCAAGAACUUGACAUUAGAAAAAACGAGCGCUUGUGGCUCCUGGACGACACGAAAACAUGGUGGCGGGUACGAAAUGCAUCCAACAGAACGGGCUUCGUUCCCUCCAACUAUGUCGAACGCAAGAACAGUCUGAAGAAAGGGUCUCUGGUGAAAAAUAUCAAAGAUACUUUUGGCCUGGGAAAAACGAAACGCAAGACAAGCACACGGGAAGCCUCUCCCACGCCCAGCACGGAUGAGUACUCGUCCAACGGGAGCGGUGCCGAGCGGAUCUACGACCUGAACACCCCUGCGGUGGUGAAGUUCACCUACAACGCGGAGCGUGAGGAUGAAUUGAGUCUGGUUAAGGGCACUCGAGUGAUGGUGAUGGAGAAGUGCAGCGACGGCUGGUGGAAGGGCAGCUAUAAUGGCCAGGUGGGCUGGUUCCCUUCAAACUACGUCCAGGAAGAUGAGGUGGAGGACACGUCGGCCGAAAUGCCCGUGGUCUUCUCCUCGCGGCCGGGCCUCAGUAACGGUCAGGCACCUAAGGUCCUUCAUACCGUUCAGACGCUGUACCCCUUUAGCUCCGUCACGGACGAGGAGCUGAACUUCGAGAAGGGCGAGACGAUGGAGGUGCUGGAGAAGCCAGAGAACGACCCAGAAUGGUGGAAGUGCAAGAACUGCAGGGGGCAAGUGGGCUUGGUGCCGAAAAACUAUGUGAUUGUGCUCAACGACGGGCCUUUGUCAACGGCAUCGAGCUCCCACUCUCAGCAAAACAGCCACACGGGGCCUUCGCAAACGGGGCUGUUCGCAGGACAGGACUGGUACUACGGUGGCAUUACGAGGCACCAGGCGGAGUGCACCCUGAAUGAAAGAGGGGUGGAGGGAGACUUCCUCGUGCGGGACAGCGAGUCCUCUCCGAGUGAUUUCUCCGUGUCCCUGAAAGCAGUCGGGAAAAACAAACACUUCAAGGUGCAAUUGUCGAAUGGAGUCUACUGUAUCGGUCAACGGCGCUUUAAUACUAUGGAUGAACUUUUAGAGCACUACAAGAAAGCUCCCAUCUUCACGAGCGAACAUGGAGAGAAGCUUUACCUUGUCAAAGCCCUCCAGUGACCUUCCACACAAAAAUGAGCCUUAGGGCCAGACCAGAUCUGACCUCCUCACACUGAGCCAAGUGAUGUCUGAAACUACUCAAUGGUCAUUUCUCACCAGCAACCAGAGAGAUAAAGAAGAAGAGACUUUGCUACAGCGCUGGUCACAUAGAUUUCGAGUAAUGCUGCAUUGUGUCCUCUUUUCGUUGAGGUUUACGUUGUCUCUGCGUCUUCAUACUGUUUUAGUAUUUGAUUAUGAAUAAUGAAUAUCGCCAAGUGAUCAUAAAUAAAAAGCCUUCAUAAAUACUGGUCAUACAGAGAUACUUAAGAUUCAGUAGCACAAUCCUCAAGUCUUCAAAGUGCUGGUUCUUAUACGGACAAGGAGGAAUUACAGGAAACUGUAUGUACAUAGGAGUUGCCAAAGAGAGUGUUGGUGACAGACAGGUACUUGUCUCCCCCUGGUGGAUGAACUUUGAAACGUAAACAGGAGGUCUGUCUUUUAUAAGAAUGUUUUGUAGAUGCUUAACCAAAUGUGCCACCGUCACACAUUCAAAGCACUGCUCAUCUGUUAUAUAAGAAAACUAUAUUCACCUCAUUUUAUGAUGAGAAAUGAUUAGAUCUGUAUCAACAUAACUUCAAUAUAUUACAGUUUCGAUUUCAGGUUUAUGGUUUUGCUCAUUUACGAACGAGUCCAUUCAUCAUUUAGUUUCCGAGCUUUUAGUAAAAAUCUAAAAGAAAUGAAUGUUACUGAGGAUUGUUAUUUAAUACCAUGUUUAUUUAAAUGAGAGGUAAGAGCUGAGAAGUCAUGUAAUGAGCUCCACAACCAAGAUUUGUGUGCAAAAUGUUAAUAUAAUUUUGUUUAAUUAAACAUUUUGCAAAAUUAA